AUGGCACCAAACCCCUCCACCCAGCGCCAACCCCUAAAACUGCUGAUGCUACACGGCUACACGCAAUCAGGCCCCCUCUUCCACGCCAAAAGCCGCGCCUUGACAAAACACAUCCAAAAAGCCUUUCCCCUGCAUGAUGUCAGCACCAGCUAUCCCACAGCCCCGCUCCGCCUUCUGCCCGCCGAGAUCCCCGGCUACGAGCCCUCAGAAACAAGCAAUGAAACCUCCGCAAUCGAAGCGUACGGCUGGUGGCGCCGCUCCAACACUGCCAAUCCACCCUUAUACACAGGCAUGGAGGAAGGCCUGGCAACAGUCGCGCGCACCCUGGCCGAGGAGGGCCCCUUCGACGGCGUGAUUGGGUUCUCGCAGGGCGCUGCGCUGGCUGCGAUGGUUGCGUCGCUGCUGGAGCCUGGACGCAAGCGUAGCUUUGAGCAUUUCGAAUCCGUUACUGGCGAGGGUGGUGUGUCGGGCAUGCCGUUCCUGGAGUCUUUUGCUGAGGAGGCGGGGUUCAAGCAUCCGCCGCUUAAGUUUGCUAUUUGUUAUUCUGGGUUCAGGGCGCCUGGGGCGAGGUAUCGUGGCUUCUUUGAAGAGCCGGCUAUUCAGACACCCGUGCUGCAUGUGCUUGGUAGUUUGGAUGCUGUUGUUGAGGAGGGGAGGAGCCGGGCGUUGAUUGAGGCUUGUGCUGGAGAGCCUGAGAAGGAGGGCUUGGUUGUUUGGCAUCCUGGUGGUCACUUCUUGCCUAGUCAGCGACCUUACUUGGAUGCUGCUGUGAAGUUUAUUCGGGGAUAUGUUGGGCUCGAGGAGGAGAAGAAGAAAAAGGUUGAGGAGGUUGAUGUCAAUGAUAUGGAUAUGCCAUUUUGA